AUGAUGCUUCUCUGGCGACUGCCACUGCCGCCGCCGCCGCUGCCGGGCUGAGGACAGGGAGGGAGGGGCGGCGGGCCCGCGGGGGGGACGAGGCGGGCCUGCUCUCAGCCUCCCCUCCUCCGGAGAGCCGCCACCCGCAGGAUGCUGCUGCGCCCAGGCUCUCUGCGUCCCCCCCGCGCCGCGCUCCGCCGCGAACCCCGAACGUGCGGAGGGAAGAAGGAGGGCGGGCGAGGGAGGCUCGCGGAGGGAGGAGCGCAGGGGGGAGGAGGAGGCAGAGAAGGAGGAGGAGGAGGAGGAGGAGGAGGAAGAGGAGGACCGCGCUGCCGGCGGAAUGGGAAGUUUGACAAAUCGCUCCAGAGGCCGGAGGAGGAGGGGGCGGGGAGGAGAGGCGGCCCUGCCCACCCCCCCCCCGCCCCCCCCCCCCGCGCCCCGUCCCCUGACGAGGAGCUGAGAGAACAGGCAAGCCGUCCUCGGAAACCCGUUUGGAUGAUGGCGGGCAGAACUGCAGCUCUGCAGAGAGAGACGCCAGCCAGCGUGCAGAAGUGGAAGACAGAAUCUUGCUCUAUCACUCAGCUGGAAUGCAGCGGCACCAUUCCAGCUUACUGCAGCCUCAAACUCCUGGCUCAAGGGAUCCUUCAGCCUCAGCCUCCUGAUUAGCUAGGACUACAGGUCCUUGAGGAAGUGCCACAUUGUCUUCCACAAUGGCUGAGCUAAUUUAAACUCCCACCAACAGUGUAAAAGUGUUCCUAUUUCUCUACAUCCUCUCCAGCAUCUGUUGUCUCCAGAUUUUUGAAUGAUCGCCAUUCGAACUGGUGUGAGGUGGUAUCUCAAUGUGGUUUUGAUUUGCAUUUCUCCAAUAACCAGUCUUGCUCUGUCACCCAUGCUGGAGGGCAGUGUUGUGAUCUUGGCUCACUGCAACCUACGCCUUCUGGGUUCAAGGGAUUUUCCUGCCCACUGCAACCUAUGCCCUUCUGGGUUCAAGGGAUUACUCAGUGAUCUUGACUCACUGCAACCUAUGCCCUUCUGGGUUCAAGGGAUUACUCAGCCUCCUGAGUAGCUGGGACUACAGAUGUAUGCCACCAUGCCUGGAGCCUGGCAUUUUUGUAUUUAUUUUUAUUUCUCCAUAUUGGCCAGGAUGAUCUUGAACUCUUCACCUCAGGUGAUUCACCCACCUUGGCCUCCCAAAGUGCUGGGAUUACAGGCAUGAGCCGCCACACCUGGCCUAGACUGUGAGUUUUUAAUGGUAUUCUUUAAUACCCACUUAACAUUGAAUAUUAGCCAGGCGUGGUGGCUCAUGCUUGUAAUCCCAGCACUUUGGGAGGCAGGCGGAUUACUUGAGCUCAGGUUUUUGAGACCAGCCUAGGCGACAUGGUGGAACCCCGUCUCUACUAAACGUACAAAAAUUAGCCGGACAUAUUGGUGGGUGCCUGUAAUCCCAGCUACUUGGGAGGCCGAGGCAGGAGAAUUGCUUGAAUCACAAAGGUAGAGGUUGCAGUGAGCAGAGAUUGUGCCACUACACUCCAGCCUGGCUGACAAAGUGAAACUGUCUCAAAACAACAAAGCAACAACAGCACAAAACAUUGAUUGUUAACUUCAGCAUUAAUCAGUGAAACUAAUCUACUUUCCUUACUUCCCAUAUUUUAUUGCAUCAUUUCUUUGUCAGGACGUAUUUAAAUAUUACUCUUCAUCUUGUUGUCACUUUUGUUUUAGUUUUAAAUCUUCAAUUAAAUAUAUGAAGUGCUCACCAUUCCUUCUUCCAUUCCUUCUUUAAUUGUCUCUUGUUUGGAUGAACUCAGUCUCAGCAGAUUCUUCCUAAUUGUGUGACUAUGGGUGAGCUACCUAAGUCUGAGCCUAUUUCCUGAUCCACAGGAGAUAAUAAUAUCACCAAUCUCCUGAAAAAAAUCAGGCGCUAUGAUGAAAUGAGGUAAUCCGCUUUGGAAGUUGUCCUACACAUAGUAAGCACUACAUAUCAGCCAUUGUUGUUGUUAGUAAUAGUGAACCUCAUGUUGGACUUUGCUUGCUUUUUCCUAAAUGCUAAUUGACAUUGGAAGCCCCAAAUCCGAAGUACAAGAACUUAUUACCAUGUUAAAGUUCAAUCUAGAGAUUAGUACAUUUGGCUCAGUGUAUCUGUGGGUUCUGCAUCUGUAGAUUCAACUAACCACGGACUGGCAAUAUUAAGAAUAAAAUAACAAUACUACAAUAAAAGUAAUAUGAAUUAAAAAACAGUAGACAAUAAAUUGAAAAAUACAGUAUGACAACUAUAUGCAUAGCAUUUACAUUGCAUAUUAUAAGUAAACUAGAGAUGAUUUAAAGUAUAUGGAGGGAUGUGUGUGAGUUAUAUGCAAAUACUACUUUUUUUUUUUUUUUUGAGAUGGAGUUUCGCUCUUGUUGCCCAGUGCUCAGGCAACCUCCAUCUCCCAGGUUCAAGUGAUUCUCCUGUUUCAGUUUCCCAAGUGGCUGGGAUUAUAGGCAUUCGCCACCACGCCCAGCUAAUUUUGUAUUUUUAGUAGAGACGGAGUUUCUCCAUGCUGGUCGGGCUAGUCUCAAACUCUCAACCUCAGGUGAUCCGCCCACCUCAGCCUCUCAAAGUGGUGGGAUUAUAGGUGUGAACCACUGCCCCCAGCCAAAUACUACAUUUUUUAUAUAAGGUACUUGAGCAUCCAUAGAUUUUAGUAUCCUUGGGGGUCCUGGAACCAAUCUCCUCCCAUACUGAGGAAGGAAUGUACACAGAAAAAGUCAAGAUGUGAUAUAGGGGAUAUAGGGGAGGAGGCAGUGGACUGAAAUGUGAAAUGUCAAGAACGGGUUAGAGCUUAGAAGAAAAACUGAAGAAUAAGAAAAAGGCAUAUUUUCAUGUUUGCAGAGCUCAAUCAGGCCAGAAAAGACAUUUGAAUCAACAUAGGAUUAGUAUAGAUUGGAAGUUUACAUGAAGAACUGUUUCAAGUUGUCCUUAAACAAGGCACUGGAUUAGAUUAUAUUGAGAUUUAUUUUAAGAGACUAAAAUCUCUUAAAAUCAUCAAGGCCUUUGAGCUGUUGCUCUGCCCGCGCCCACACGGUGGAGUGUACUUUCGUUUUCAGAGGAAGAGGAACCGUAGCAUGAAGCAGUGGGCAUGGAAGGUUUUCAUGGAUUAGGACUGGAAUUGGCACAUAUGUGUUUGGAUUCUGUUAAAUAAAACACAGCCCCAUGGGCAGCCCUGACUGGGAAAAAUGAUCUAUUUUUAUGCCCUCAUAUGAAAAGGAGAUGGAUCUGGUGAGUGCUGGAAAUCACCGCAUCCAACUGGAGACUUAAAGUUGGCAGUUGAACUACGAGUCUAAAGCACAGAGAAGUCUGCACUGGAGAUCUAAAUAUGGGAAAUAAACAACAUAAGAUAGUAUUUAAAAGUAUGCAACAGGGAGAGAUUCUAGAUAGACAAAGCUGAGGAUCAAGUGAGUACCAACAUCUCUGAACAAGGUAAACUCAUAAGAGACAAAAGUAGAAUUGGAUGUCGGCUGACUCGGCACCAUCGGAUAGAGACAAGUCAAAUAAGAAGAGAAAGAAAACUUUUGGAAGACUGGAACGAAGAACUGAUUUGUGGGCAUAUGGAGUAUGACGUGCCCAUGAAGUAUCCAAAUGGAGGUGCUGAGGAAGAAACAAGAUAGAUGAACGUGGGCUUCAGAAGAUAAAUCUGCCCCGAAUAUACACAUUUAGAAGCUAUUGACAUAUGUGUAAUAAAUAAAGGCAAGGAAGUGGAUUAGAAGGUCAAGAAAGAGCAUGGAGAAUGAGAAGAAGAAGCCUUAGAACUGAGUCUGGAGAAACUCCAACUGUUCAAUUAAUGAGAGAAAGUAAAGCAGUGUGAGGGGGAAAGGCCAAAGGGUUAGGAGAAAAGCUAAGAGGAUGUGAUGUCAAGAAAUCCAAAAGAAGACUGUUUAAAAGAGGCAGAAGUGGUCAACUAUCUUGCUGCUAAAAAGGUUGAGACUCAUGAGCCUGAAGGAUUUGACAACAUAGAGGCCAUCAGCCUCCCAGAGGAUGUUGUUGUGCCCUGCCCAGAUGCCCUUUACCAGGCACUUACAUCUCCGCUUCUGAUACUUUGAAUGUUGUUUGCUAAAGGCCCCAGUGUCUCCCUUUUCUAAAGAAUUGUCAUUGUCCAAAUGGGGGAAGUUGCAUCCCCUCCCCCGCUACCCACCUCCCCCGACCACCUGCACAGUGUGCUGGGAAAUCUUUAGCAACCAGCUUUCUGGGAAAAAAUUAUUUUGUAUCUAUCUACUUAUAUCUUCCCUUACCCUUCCCUUUCCUCUUCCCCUGACUUCCCUUCUUUUUUUUUAAAUUAUAAAUGUUACUGGUAUAAAGGUUGCAUAGUAUACAAUUUACCAAUAAUAAUAAUCAAAUACUUUAUCUAAAUUCUAUAUGGCCAACGGAUUUGCAUAGAAUGCUCUCCCCUUCCCCCCAAACUCUUGUAUUCGUAGCCUACUGACAUACUCAACUGGUGAACAAAUGCAGUUCUUACACAAAUGCUGGUGAAUAUUUUUGUUUAUGUUAAUGAGUAGUAUAAAAUGAAACAAUAAGAAAAAAAUAAAUAAAAUAAAACAUUAAAA